AUGAAAUUAUUGAGCCACAGGUACAAAGCCCGCGCCAAAGUGACAUUAGGUAUUUGUGUAUAUCCUAUUUUCCACGAAGGUUACAUCUUUAAAUCUCUUCUUCUUCCGCCGCUCACACACUCCAUUCACCUUGAGCACAGCUUCCUCAGUGCGGCGCGAAGUAACCGCUUUCCGGCAAGACCAUACGGAACUCCGAGAGCAGCCAAGAUGGUGGUUAAACCAGGUUCGGUACCGGACUUCGAGGCGCUGCGAGAGCUUUUCAAGCAUCACAUUGAGUCCUUCGAUUACAUGGUUGACGCUGGAUUGGAAACCAUGCUCCGCCACAUCAAACCCGUUGAAGUUUUGGACGAUUUUACUUCCACAAAGCUUAGAAAUAUCCUUUUUCUUUGUUUAUGA